UCUCUCUACAAAAAUCGUUCACCAGAUCUAAAGAAGAAGAAAAAUCAAAAUCAAAAAAAUCAAAGAAGAAGAAAAAGAGUUCGAGAAAGAAAACCAAAGAUGUCGACAGAUAGUGAAGAUCUAGAUGAAGAUGAGCUAUUACAAAUGGCAUUGAAAGAACAAUCACAAAGAGAUACAAAUUAUCAUAAACAAUCAAGAAAUUCUUCUUCAUCGUCAAAGAAACCAGUUGUUAAUCUUGUUCAAAAACCCUCAUCACAAACUAGAAAAAAUAAUAACCCUAAUAAUAACAGUAGAAUGUCUAAUCAUCAAAGUAGACAAAGUAUAGAUGUUGACGAUGAUGAUUCUGAGGUUGAAUUACUUAGUAUAUCUUCUGGUGAUGAAGAUAACAACUCUAAAGAUCCUGGUGUUGUUUCUAAGAAUCGUGGAAAAAGUGGUGGUAGUGCUAGAGAUGAUGUUACUGAUCGGAAUUGGGAUGGCAAAGAAGCUAAUUGUUGGAAACGUGUUGAUGAAGCUGAGCUUGCGCGCAGAGUUCGUGAGAUGAGGGAGACUAGAGCAGCUCCAGUUCCUCCUGUGGCGCCAAAAGCUGCACGUGGUCGAAUCGGAUUUACAAAUUUGCAGUCCUUUCCUCGAGGAAUGGAAUGUGUAGAUCCCCUUGGACUAGGGAUAAUAGACAAUAAGUCGUUGAGGCUGAUCACAGAGGCUUCAGAAAGCUCCCCGUCCAAGCUUGAUAAAGAUUAUUUAGACAAUAAUCUCCGUGAGAAGUUGAUGUAUGUUUCUGACAAGUUUGAUGCAAAACUAUUUCUAGCCCGUAUACAUCAAAAUACUUGUGCGGCAGAUUUAGAAGCUGGUGCCCUUGCUUUAAAGACUGAUCUGAAAGGAAGGACUCAGCAAAAAAAGCAAUUAGUCAAAGAAAAUUUUGAUUGCUUUGUUUCUUGCAAAACUACUAUUGAUGAUAUUGAAUCGAAGUUGAAGCGAAUUGAAGAAGACCCCGAAGGCGCUGGAACUGCACAUCUAUAUAGUAGUAUACAAAGUGUUAGUUCAUUAGCAAAUCGUGCAUUUGAACCUCUAUUUGAGAGGCAGGUUCAAGCUGAGAAAAUCAGGUCCGUUCAAGGUAUGCUUCAGAGGUUCAGAACACUAUUCAAUUUGCCUAGCUCGAUUCGCGGGAGUAUCAGUAAGGGUGAAUAUGACUUAGCCGUCAGGGAAUACAUGAAAGCAAAGUCGAUUGUUCUGCCUUCUCAUGUCGGAAUACUGAAACGUGUUCUUGAAGAAGUCGAAAAAGUGAUUCAUGGAUUUAAAGGCAUGCUUUAUAAGUCGAUGGAAGAUCCAGAAAUAGACCUAGCAGAACUUGAGAACAUUGUGAGACUGUUGUUGGAGUUGGAACCUGAGUCAGACCCUGUCUGGCAUUAUCUUAAUAUUCAGAAUAAUAGGAUACGGGGGUUACUUGAAAGAUGCACGUCAAAUCAUGAAGCAAGGGUGGAAGCUUUGCAGAACAAGAUCCAUGAGAAAGCCCUGUCUGAUGCAAGGUGGAGACAAAUCCAGCAAGAGUCUAACAAUUCUUCAGAUUCCCUUCUUGGAGACACCAAUUUGCAAGGAGAUUCACAGCCAAUAGAUUUACCUAGUGAGGAAGUGGAUGCUCUCAAGGGAAGGUAUAUUCGUAGGUUAACUUCCGUACUUAUCCAUCAUAUACCGGCAUUCUGGAAAACAGCACUCUCAGUGUUUAGUGGAAAAUUUGCCAAGUCUUCUCAAGUUGCUACUGAGAGCAAUGCUAAGCCAUCGAUGGGUAAGACUGAAGAUAGAGGUGGUGAUGUCAAGUACUCAAGUCAUUCCCUCGAUGAAGUUGCUGGAAUGAUUCGCAGUACUAUAUCUGCAUAUGAAGUCAAGGUCCAUAACACAUUUCGCGAUCUUGAAGAGGCAAAUAUUCUGUGUCCGUUCAUGAGUGAUGCCAUAGAGGACAUAUCUAAAGCUUGCCAAGCUAUUGAGGGGAAAGAGUCCGCUCCUCCUAGUGCAGUUAAGACUUUGCGUACGCUUUAUUCGGAAAUCACAAAGAUCUACAUAUUUAGGCUAUGCUCAUGGAUGAGACUAACAACGGAGGAGAUAUCAAAAGAUGAAGCUUGGGUCCCAGUAUCCAUUCUCGAGAGGAAUAAGUCACCAUAUACAAUAUCUUUCUUGCCCCUAGCAUUUCGUACGAUGAUGAUCUCAGCAAUGGACCAGAUCAACUUGAUGAUUCAGAACCUCAGGAGCGAGGCUGCGAAGUCGAAUGACAGAUCUGUACAGCUUCAAGAAAUUCAGGAGUCUAUAAGGAUUUCAUUUUUGAACUGUUUCCUAGAUUUUGCAGGUCAUCUAGAAAGAAUUGGUAGUGAACUUACGCAGAGUAGAUCAAACAAAGACACUCCCCCCUUACAAAAUGGAUCUCUGUCGGAGCCUGAACGAAGAACCUGCGGCCUUCACCCUGGUAGCACUGUUACUGAUCCACAUCAAAAGCUGUUGAUAGUUUUGAGUAACAUUGGAUAUUGCAAAGACGAACUUUCUUCUGAGUUGUACAACAAGUACAAAUAUAUCUGGCUAUCUCGGGACAAAGACGAAGGGGAUAGUGAUGUACAAGAUUUGACGACGUCUUUCUUGGGACUUGAGGAAAAGGUCCUUGCUCAGUAUACUUUUGCGAAGGCAAAUUUGAUCAGAACGGCUGCAAUAAACUAUCUUCUGGAUGGAGGAGUUCAAUGGGGAGCUGCACCUGCUAUCAAAGGUGUGAGGGAUGCUGCUGUGGAGUUACUGCACGCCCUUGUUGCGGUGCAUGCAGAGGUUUUCGCUGGUGCUAAGCCCCUGCUUGACAAGACACUAGGCAUCCUUGUGGAAGGCUUGAUUGAUACUUUUCUUGGUCUUUUCCACGAGAACAAAGCCAAAGAGCUCAAGUCAUUGGAUGCCAAUGGUUUCUGUCAGCUCAUGCUUGAGCUUGAAUAUUUUGAAACGAUAUUGAAUCCUUAUUUCACAUCUGAAGCAAGUGAGUCUCUGAAAUCUCUGCAAGGGGUUUUGCUUGAGAAGGCUUCGGAAAGUGUGACGGAGACUGCCGAGCCAGGUCAUAACCGUCGAUCCACUCGUGGGAGUGAGGAAGCACUUGCAGAAGACAGGCAUCAGGGAAUGACUGUGUCCCCCGAUGAUCUUCUUGCACUUGCACAGCAGUAUAGUUCUGAGUUGCUUCAAUCUGAGCUUGAGAGAACUCGAAUAAACACAGCAUGCUUUGUGGAGUCAAUACCAUUGGACUCUGUUCCGGAGCCUGUGAAGUCUGCUUACUCUUCCUUUAGAGGAUCAAUGGAUUCCCCGAGCAGAAGUUACAAAGCAGCAGCGACUCAGCCUGUUGGUUCCCCUGGCUUCUCCCAUCAAAGGCGCAGAUGACCUAAUAAACAUUUUCUUAUACUCCUUUCUAUAUAUAUAGAUAUUGUUUGGUGUAAUAUUAUGUGCUGUAUUAACUCAUCAUUUUUGAUCAAAUCAAAGCAUUCAUACUUUCACUUUGGCACUUCUAGGUGGUUUCCUACACAUGAUUGUAAUACCCUAGAUGAACUUUGUGUUGUGUCCAUUAGAAAAAAAAAGAAAGGAACAAAGAUGAACCCUCUGGAAGUUUCUAUUUCCUUCAAUCUGUAUGAGAUUUGUGUCUUGUUAAUUAAUCGGUGAUGAAAAAGAUUUGGUGAA